AUGAAAGUCGACCAGCAAGACGAAGACACUACAUUCAGCAACACUGACACUAACGGUAAACGCCCUGCUGAGGACAUGGAGGAGGAACAAGCAUUCAAACGUUCUCGCAACGCAGACGAGAUGGUGGAGCUGCGCGUUCUGCUUCAGAGCAAAAAUGCCGGGGCUGUUAUUGGAAAAGGUGGAAAGAACAUAAAAGCCCUGCGCACAGAUGUGAGUAAACAGAAAAUCAGGGGA